ACAACAACGGAUAUUCGGAACAAAUGUGCAACCGAUUUCGCUGGCACUUCAGCGUCUGCUCCAAUGGCUGCCGCAAUUAUUGCACUGGGCCUCGAAGCCAAUCCAUCGCUAACAUGGCGUGAUGUACAGCACGUUGCCGUAUGGACAUCGGAUCCGAUUCCACUUCUAAUUUCUAAUGAAGGCUGGAGCAAAAACGCUCGAGGACUGUUCGUUAAUCCUCGAUUUGGAUUUGGUAAAUUUUUUCACCUAAAUGUUUGGAAACUAAUGCUGCAGAGUCAAAUUCAGUAUUAUUUAUGGAUUUUCUAA